GGCUGGACGGACACGCUCCACGGAAACCGGAAUGCUCACAAAAUGAUGCGUCUACGAGCUGUGACAAGCCGCUUCGUGUGAGGAAAACAGAAAAACAGAAUACUCCAGAUCUCCAGAUUGAAGCGCUCGCACAGGCAGUGCAAUUGCUGCAGGAAUCAUCCCGCCGAUGCGCUUCUGCUGUGUAUGAAUCCCUCCGUUUGGUUUGCAGGUCCAGGACAAACUCGGGCGGCGUUGACGACUGUGUGUGGUGGAUACUGUUUGUGAGUGCACCUUAUCUGCGUCUCCCCUUGGCACCGAUUUCAGAAUGGCGUUAACGAUCUGCACGAGAUUUACCGAUGAAUAUCAGCUGUUCGAGGAACUGGGAAAAGGCGCAUUCUCUGUGGUCAGGAGGUGCGUGAAGAUCUCCUCUGGACAGGAAUAUGCUGCCAAAAUCAUCAACACCAAGAAGCUUUCUGCCAGAGAUCAUCAAAAGCUGGAGAGAGAGGCGAGGAUUUGUCGUUUACUGAAGCACCCCAACAUUGUACGGCUCCAUGACAGCAUAUCAGAGGAGGGUUUCCACUAUCUGGUGUUUGAUCUGGUGACAGGAGGGGAGCUGUUUGAGGACAUCGUAGCCAGGGAGUACUACAGUGAGGCUGAUGCCAGCCACUGCAUACAGCAGAUCCUCGAGAGUGUCCAUCACUGCCAUGUUAACGGGAUUGUCCACAGGGAUCUGAAGCCUGAGAACCUUCUAUUGGCCAGUAAGCUGAAGGGGGCGGCGGUCAAGUUGGCUGACUUUGGGCUUGCUAUCGAGGUGCAGGGGGACCAGCAGGCAUGGUUUGGUUUUGCUGGCACGGGUUACUUGUCGCCAGAAGUUUUGCGGAAAGACCCAUAUGGGAAGCCAGUGGACAUGUGGGCCUGUGGUGUGAUUUUAUACAUCCUGCUGGUGGGCUACCCUCCCUUUUGGGAUGAGGACCAGCACCGUCUUUACCAACAAAUCAAGGCUGGGGCCUAUGAUUUCCCAUCCCCAGAGUGGGACACUGUUACUCCUGAGGCCAAAGAUCUGAUCAACAAGAUGCUGACCAUCAACCCCAGUAAACGCAUCACUGCCGCAGAGGCCCUCAAACACCCUUGGAUCUGCCAACGGUCCACUGUAGCUUCCAUGAUGCACAGGCAGGAGACUGUAGAGUGUCUGAAGAAAUUCAACAGGAGGAAACUCAAGGGAGCCAUACUGACCACUUUGCUGGUCACAAGAAACUUCUCAGCAGCCAAGAGUUUGCUCAACAAGAAACAAGAUGGCGUCAAGGUCAACAACAAAGCCAACACAGUGACCAGUCCUAAAGACACUGGCCCUGCCCCUGCACUGGAACCACAGACAACCGUGAUCCACAACCCAGUAGAUGGGACUAAGGAGUCCAUUGAGAGUGCCAACACCACUAUAGAGGACGAGGAUGUGAAAGCCCGCAAACAGGAAAUUAUCAAAGUCACUGAGCAGUUGAUUGAGUCUAUCAACAAUGGAGACUUUGAGUCCUAUGCUAAGAUCUGUGAUCCUGGUCUAACUUCCUUUGAGCCUGAGGCCCUGGGCAACCUGGUGGAAGGACACGACUUCCAUCUUUACUUUGAAAAUGCCCUGUCCAAAGGGAACAAACCAGUGCACACCAUCCUCCUGAACCCACAUGUGCACCUCAUUGGAGAAAACGCAGCCUGUAUUGCCUAUAUUCGACUGACCCAGUACAUGGAUGGCAGCGGCAUGCGCACCAUGCAGUCUGAAGAGACCCGUGUGUGGCACCGCCGUGAGGGCAAGUGGCAGAACAUCCACUUCCAUCGCUCAGGCUCACCCAGCAUCCCGUCCCAGUAA